UUAUCAAAAUGUAAUUGGUUAGAUUAAGGAUUGUUCGAGAUAAUAUUAUUUAUAAUGGUUAGAGUUGGCAAAGUAUUGUAAUCAAUAAUUUAUACCACCAGAGUAUACAAAAAAUGUAAAAAGUAUUAAUUUACCCAAUUUAAGGUAAUCUAGAUUAUAUAUCUUCCAUUCCACAUGUUUCUCACAAUUUUUAAAAUAAAUAAAUAAAUAAAAUAGUACAUAGAUCACUUACAUUCUUUCUACUUUCCACAUCAGAUAUUUGCUUAUCUGUCCCUUAUUAUAAGACAUGUCAGUGAGUCAGUACAAGCUCUCUCAUGCAAACCAAAAACAAAAAAUUACACAAUUCACAAUUCUUGCGAAUCUCUCCAAAUAUGGAAACCCGUCGUAAACAAAGCAUCUCCGGCGACGGGUUCUCUUUCCCGAGCACUCCCGAACCCGAUAACAACCACCACAGCCGCGGCUCCUCGUCCGAUUUCGAAUUCGGUAGCAUUACUCCAGACUCACCGUACAGCGAUGACCCCAGCAAAAAUUCCCCCGCCGACCAUCUCUUCUUCAACGGAAAACUUCUUCCGCACUCGUUUCCAUUCCAGCCAACCAAUACUACCUCCAUUUACGGCGUCGUAUCGGAGAAUUCAUCUCGAUCCAUGAUAAAGAGUCGAACAAGCAGUAGUAAUAGCAGCAAAGACUCAAUGAUGUCGUCCCGAAGCAACAGCACCAACAGCAGGAGUAGCACUAGCAGUUGCAGCAGUAGUAGCGCCAGGACCAGCUCCUCCUCCAGCGACAAUUCCGAGAGAAGGCUGCUGUACUGUCAGAGCAGCAAAACGACGUCGUUAUCAGUUAUGGGGAGAGGAUCCAGAUCAGAUCAAAUUAGAUAUGGCGGUGGAAGUAAAGCAGUGUCUGCUCAAGUGUACGGUUCUUCUCAAAGGUGGCAAUUCAUGGCUCAUCCUGUUCCGGCUUUAAGCCGAGACACUUCGCUGCGGCGGAGGAAAACAGAGGUUUCGGUUAAUAAUAAAAAUCAUAAUGAUGAAGAGAGGAGAUCGAUACCAAAGAAGAAGAAAAAGAGGACCGUUGUUGUUAAGCGGCUUCGGUUUGGUCGGACUCCGAGGAUUUUCCGGUGGUUUUUUGCUGCCUGUAGAGAGUGCCAUGCUAUUGAACCCUCCAAAAAGAAAAAAAGUUAAAAAUGUCAAAUUAAAAAAAGAGUUUUCAUUUUUAUUUUUUUCUGUUUACUUUUUCUUGAUUCGGUCGUUCCUUAUGUUUUUUCUUAUGAAUAAUGUCUGUAACUAAUAAUUUAGUUAAACGGUAUUAAUUUAUUUAUCGAAUGUGGGUUAGUGGGAAAAGGAAGAUUUGUUAUGAUUAUACUGGCAUUUUUGGACAUACGAUAUGUUUACCUUUUCACAAAUUUCUUCAUUAGUCUGGGUACAACCAUUAAUGUUCAUAUCAUAACUGUGUGUAUACCGAUCAUCUUUACUAUUUUAUUCUUCUCAUCGAUCGUCAAUGUUUUUUUUUUUAGUUUUUUCAUAUUUUA